AUGUCGAGGGUGGUCAUCUGCCUGCUGCGCUGCGACCUGCGCGCCCACGAUAACCAGGUGCUCCACUGGGCUCAGGAUAACGCAGAUUUCGUGAUCCCUCUCUACUGCUUCGACCCGCGGCACUACCUGGGCACCCACUGCUUCGGCUUCCCCAAGACAGGGCCCCACCGGCUCCGGUUUUUGCUGGAAAGUGUGAAGGAUCUAAGGGAAACGCUCAAGAAAAAAGGAAGUACCCUGGUUGUGAGGAAGGGGAAGCCAGAAGAUGUGGUCCGCGAUCUGAUUACUCAGCUGGGCUCUGUCAGCGCUGUGGCUUUCCACGAAGAGGUCACGCAGGAGGAGCUGGAUGUGGAGAAGGGGCUGUGCCAGGUGUGUAAGGAGCAUGGGGUGAAGAUUCAGAUGUUCUGGGCAUCCACGCUGUAUCAUCGGGAUGACCUUCCCUUCAGGCCUAUUGCCAGGUUGCCUGAUGUCUACACCCAUUUCCGAAGGGCGGUGGAAUCUGAGGCGAAGGUCCGGCCAACCCUGCGGAUGGCAGAGCAGCUAAAGCCUCUGGCUCCAGGGCUGGAAGAAGGGUGCAUCCCUACAAUGGAGGAUUUCGGACAGAAGGAUCCUGUAACUGAUCCACGAACAGCCUUCCCCUGCAGUGGAGGAGAGACCCAGGCUUUAAUGAGACUGCAAUAUUAUUUUUGGGACACGAACCUGGUUGCAUCUUACAAGGAGUCUCGGAAUGGACUGGUGGGAAUGGAUUACUCAACCAAAUUUGCACCAUGGCUGGCGCUGGGCUGCAUCUCACCUCGAUACAUCUAUGAGCAGAUCCAGAAGUAUGAAAGAGAGAGAACAGCAAAUCAGAGCACAUACUGGGUCCUGUUUGAGCUGCUGUGGAGGGAUUACUUUCGGUUUGUGGCCCUGAAGUAUGGCAAGAGGAUUUUCUCACUAAGGGGGCUUCAAAGUAAAGAGAUACCCUGGAAAAAGGACCUUCAGCUCUUUGGCUGUUGGAAAGAGGGCAAAACUGGGGUUCCUUUCGUGGAUGCCAACAUGCGAGAGCUGAGUGCCACGGGCUUCAUGUCGAACAGAGGGCGGCAGAACGUCGCCAGCUUCCUCACCAAGGACCUGGGCCUGGACUGGAGGAUGGGGGCAGAAUGGUUUGAAUACCUGCUGGUGGAUUACGAUGUUUGUAGCAAUUAUGGCAACUGGUUAUACAGCGCUGGCAUUGGCAACGACCCACGGGACAACAGGAAGUUUAACGUGAUUAAACAAGGCCUGGAUUACGAUGGGAAUGGGGAUUACGUCCGGCUGUGGGUCCCAGAGCUACAGGGCAUAAAGGGAGCAGAUAUCCACAGCCCUUGGGCACUGAGUAGUGCUGCUCUCUCCCAGGCAGGAGUAACUCUAGGUGAGACCUACCCACAGCCAGUUGUGACAGCCCCAGAGUGGAGCCGAUACAUCAGCCAGAGGCCUGUUUUAAUCCCAAGGUGCAGUACCAAUUUUUUCAGGCCAGAUUCCUUUGCCAAGAGUGGAAAGUUUAGUGGAAGCAAAGCCUUCUGCUUCGGCCAUGCUGUUGGAGGGCCUGGAUUACUGACCUUCUGGGAUCAGAGAAAGGACUCUGUGAAGUAGCUCCUUGGUGAGACACUGGUUUCAGGCAGUGACGAAACUGGAAGUCAAAAAGCUCCUCUGCCAGGCAA